AAGGUCAUGUCACAAGUGAUAAAGUGUUCUAGACUCCUACCAAAUGCAUGUCGGCUGAUACCCAGAUACACCUCCACAUCGUCACAUGUUAACACCACUGCUGAACAGGCUGAGAAUGCAGGGAAUUCAAAGUAUUUGUUCGGGACAGCAGCUGCUUUCGGGACAGCCUGUUUGUUCGGGAUCAGUGCUUUUGCUAAGGAGAUAGAAGAUGAAGAUGACGAAGAAGAAGAUGAUGAAGAGGACGAAGAAGAGGAAGAGUACGACGAAGAGGAGGAGGAAAUGAGCGCAAUGAUAGAAGCUUCCCUUUCUGAAGCUCUUGAGUUACCAACUGCAGAUGGCAAAUAUGAAAAGUGGGCAGCUGCACAACAGAGAUACCUUUUGCUGAGUGAAGCAAAACGAGCUGCUAUUGAUUUGAGAGACGUUACUGCGGAAGAGCUAGCAGAAUGUGACAGUCUCUACGACGCUGGUAAACUGACAGACUGUGAGGACAAGCUUGUUGAGUUAAACACUGUCAGUCCGGGUAAUGAUGAGGUUCUCUGGAGACUUGCCAGAAUUAAGUGGAUUUACGGUAAAGGAUACCAGUCCAAUCACCAACACAAGGUAUUCCACGUGGCCCACGCUAUGGCAUGUGAAGCCGCAGAGAUAAACCCCGACAACGGUAACGCUCAUCGCUGGAUCGCAGUACUCGGACAUUUCAGGGCUGAAAAAGAGGGGAUCAAAGCGGGUGUUCUUAACAUGGAAGCAAUGAAGUACCAUCUUGACCGAGCAAUUGAAUGUAAUCCCGAUGACAACAUUGCGUGGACCCUAUUGGGACACUGGUAUAUGGAGCUGGCAGACAUGACACGACUGCAGCGACGUUGGAGUCGGAUGUUUGCUAAAGUGGACCCACCAGCGGGGAGUUAUAAAAAGGCUCUGGCCUGCUUUGUAAAGUCAGACUCCAUCGAGCCUUGGGUCCAAAACACGAUGCACAUUGCCAAAGCACACUUGAGACUCCGUAACAAAGAGAAAGCCAUCGAAAUGUUCCAAAGGAUAAGAGAUGAAACAGUGAUAGCAUCAUGUGAGGAUUAUAGAAUGAGGAAGGAAGCUCGGAUUUACAUUCACAAGUUAACGGACCCUAGUUUAUAUAGUAAACUUAUGAGUAUAAUUUACGACGGAUACUUGGAAAGUUACCGAAUACCUCUCGUUAUGAGGGACACACAGUCGCAGUAUAUACACGGUGACGCUCACUACUACAUGAUCACGGGAAAAGAAUACACUGUGUGAUGAGAUGAUUGGACGGACUUUGAUAGUACAAUUAAUGGUUAAUUGGACUAUAAGUUAAUCUGUUAAUUGAUAGGUCUGAUGAACUUUGAUGGUCACUGUAGCUGUGGUAGUACAUAUGAAUCACCCUGAGGAGGUUUUCAAUAAAUUGAUAUUGUAGAUGCUUAAGAGAAAUACUAUCACGUUUUUUCGAGAAGCCACAAUCGACAAGAUAUUUUAUUGAAUUGGCUUUGUCAAUAGCCAAGGUCUUUAAAAUAGGAAAUAUCAAUUUUUUGAACUUCAUUUUUAGUUUCCUUUGAAUAAUCGUUAGAUUUUUUCAUUAAAUACCGCUUGCCAAAUACCGCUUAAAUACAAUUUUUGAGAGGAUAAGAUGGGAGAAAUGUAUCAGUUUUCUAGUAAAUCCCUGUUUAUUGUCGGUUUUCUAAUUUAUGCAUAUCCUUAUAAAGUCUAACUUAUUUUAAGUUUUGUAUUGUCACUCAA